GGUGACUAGCCGGUUAGCCAGCUCCAAGUUUCACGUUGAGUAACUGGUUGUUAGCUAAGAGAGACAGUCGGUUCAAUGGUAGCAGCUACCCGGGUGCGUUUAAUUUGGCGUUAUUUUGUCCACAGAAGAAUGGGAGACGCAUCAUCCAAGUCGCAGUUACCUACUCCAGAAACAGCUCUGCCUGGCAGGCAAGAAAGUUUAAAAGUUUCAGCUAAGCACCAUGUGAAUGGAAACAGGACUGUACCUCCAUUCCCAGAAGGCACUGAGACGGCCAUGUUUGGAAUGGGGUGUUUCUGGGGUGCUGAGAGAAAGUUCUGGAGACAGAAGGGUGUCUACUCGACCCAGGUGGGCUACUCUGGUGGAUUCACCCCAAACCCUUUCUACGAGGAAGUCUGCACCGGCCAAACUGGGCAUGCAGAGGUGGUGAGGGUCGUAUAUGAGCCAGACAAGAUCAGCUUCACCAACUUACUCAAGGUGUUCUGGGAGAGCCAUGAUCCCACACAAGGAAUGAGACAGGGUAACGACGUGGGUACCACCUAUCGCUCUGCCAUCUACACCUACACACAGGAGCAACUCCGUCAGGCCCUGGACUCAAAGGAGGCAUAUCAAAAGGUGUUGACUGAUGAGGGGUUUGGAGAAAUCACCACAGAGAUAGCUAUGGCUCAGGAGUUUUAUUAUGCCGAGGACUACCAUCAGCAGUACCUCAGCAAGGAUCCCAACGGCUACUGCGGACUGGCUGGCACCGGAGUCUCCUGUCCAAUAGGACUGAAAAAAUAAAUCAGGGCAGUCUUUCUAUCAAAACUUACAGUCAUAAUUUACAGAGUGGACUCAAUAAGUUUUCCUCCCUUAAAUAGCCUUACACAGAUCAACCGCACACUGAUUGGCUGCUAAUUUCAUACAUACUGUUAAAAUGCCUUGGCUUUCAUUUAUAAACAGUGAAUUCACUCAUCAAGUCUUGUCUUGUAGACACUGCUCUCCGACUGCUGGAAAAAUAUGAUGCAUUUCUCAUCGUUCAGCACAGACUGAUGAUGAAGCAAAGUAUCAAUCUGUCCAGUGAAUCAAUGAACCAGCUCCACUGUAAACAAAUUAAGCUUUGGCUUAUCUGCUGGUAAUGGAAACUUUAAGAUUUUAUUACCUUAAUUGUGACAAAGCAGAGGGGGAAAACCUGUCUUGGAAUUUUACGCAUAUUUUAGAUCAGGUUUGUUGGUGAAAAUAGUAUCUUUUUCCUUUCAUCUUUAAGUGCUGAUUUGCUGUUUUGUCUCUUCAAAGUGCAAGAAAAGCCACAUCUGAGAUGCUAAUAAAACAGGAUGGAUAUAA